UUCCCUCGCCAAACGGACAGGAUGGCUGCUCGCUCUGUGGCCCUUCUCGUGCUUUCGUGCCUCGCAUCGGGCAUGGCCUUCGUGGGUAUCGGGGUCACUCCCAAGAGGUGGGUGUCCCUCCAUCUCGGGAGAAGAAAUGUCGCCGGCAACUCCCGAUCGUCGGCAGUAAGACCACGCGUUCGCUCCGCGACGGCGCCCUUGGCGAUGAUGGCCGGGGAGGACGGCACGUCGGCGGAUGGCGGGCAAGGAGCGGAGGAGGAGGACGAAGACGACAAGACUGACCCGGACGCAGAGGGAGUUGCGAAGAUGCGGGCGAGCGAGAUCAAGGCGGAGCUCGACAUGCGAGGCGUAGGCUACACCGGGAUAUUUGAGAAGGACGAGCUCGUGGAGAGGUUGAUCGAGGCACGGAGCUUGGGACGAGCAGACCCGUCCAUCAUCGACGACUUCAACAAGGAGAACCUCGAGAACAGGAUGGAUCCCGAGAGAGCCGCCGGUUUCGCAGAUGACCUUCUGAACGAGGAGAAGCUAAAGGACCUCACCGCGGCGGACGGCACCCUUCCAGGAGGAAUGACCCCUGAGAUGUUGUCCAAGAUGGUUUCCAACCCGGAGCUGAUGGUUCUCAUGCAGAACCCGAAGCUUCAGGAAAUCAUGAAGAAGGUCAUGGCCGACGGGCCGGAGGCGAUGGAAGAACUCCAGGGCGACCCGGAGACGGCGGAGUUGCUAAAGAAGCUCGAAGCGGCCAUGGGUGGCAUGCAGCCCCAGGCGUAGGACUGCUGUGAAAGGGCCGGGCCGAGAGGAAAGGGGAUUGUAGUGCGGGCGGGUUUAAUACCUUACGACUGGUUUCUCCAAAUCCGUGUGUUUUUUUGCGGAUGAGCUCCGGUCUUUGUUGCCCGCUAUCUUGUGUGACCCAAGGUUUUUCGCCAAAAUGUGUACCACUCGUUAUGAGGGAUUGUUUGGCUGAAGAGCACGGGUGGUGUGGCAGAGGGCGCACGGUGAAGCUCACGACCAGUUUUGAAGGAGGCGUGUCGGUGACAGGGGUCGUGUGGGGGGGGUCUCUCCUACUCUUGAGGCUGUCUUGCUUUGCGAGCCGCCGAACCGGGAGCCAGGGUAAUGGACGGCGUUGAAGGUCUUCGUUUUGGUGGCGGGUAGCUGAUGUGACACGACGCUGAGAUUGACUCACGUGAACGAAUGCAAGGU